AUGUAUUUAUCUAGCAAUGAAAAGUUGCCCAAACAAUUUGCAUUAGCUAAGAUGCUGAAGGCUUGUGGGAUAGUUGAUAUCACCAGAAUAAAAUACAUUAACCCUUUCAAGAUUCGCGUCGAAGUCUGCAGCGAGUUAAGUGCCGAUAAAAUUGAAAAAUGUCAGGAAUUCAAGGAUAAAGGUUGGAAGGUAUACACGGCUAUGGAAAGGACUUCAUCUUAUGGCGUCAUUAAAGACGUUGACCUUGAUUUAUCUGACGAGGAAAUUUUAAGAAAUAUAAUGUGUGAUAAACCCGCAGAAUUAAUAUCUGUAUAUCAGCUUAAACGUCGGGACAGAGAGGGAGAAGGUUGGCAGCCAAGUGGAGCGGUACAAGUGCGCUUUAAAGGUUCAUUUAUUCCACAGUACAUAUAA